CAUUGUCCCGCCCCGUGAGGCGGAUAUACAGCCGCUCUGUUUCCUCCGCUUCCUCCUCUUCAACCACCGCCAUUGUGGUGAAAGGACUGUGUGUCUAGAAUGGCGUCGCACAAGACUUUCAGGAUUAAGCGCUUCCUCGCCAAGAAGCAGAAGCAGAACAGACCGAUUCCACAGUGGAUCCGAAUGAAGACCGGUAACAAGAUCAGGUACAACUCCAAGCGUCGGCACUGGAGAAGGACCAAGCUUGGCUUGUAAGUCCGCCACUCGCCUCUUCAGCUUUGCCUGCAUCUUCAUCCUGCCAGCACCACCAACUCGGCCCAGGCCUGGAGAGAAGCCAUGUUAUGUGGAACAGCAGUCUCUCUUUUGUACAGAUACUCUGGAAACGUUCUUGUGGAACAAUAAAUGAUUUGGCAACAAACCAAAAA